AUGCUUCUGCCUUUAUUUGUUCUCCCUCUUCUGGGUCUUUGCCACGCCCAGGAGCCGGAGUUACACGCCGCUAAAGUCGCUCGAGCCAUCAUCGCAGGACGUGACAGCAACGCAUUGACCCUUCUGGAAGGAGGCUUCUCGUUCGAAGAAAGAAGCCCUCAAAACACUUGCUCUGUUGGCAAGCCAUGCGGUGAUGGAUGCAUGCCCAUUGCCGCCGUAUGCUGCCCAGACGGCAACUACUGUGCCCUAGGGAAGUACUGUGAUGGCGGAGGUUGCUGUCCGGUUGGCAAAACAUGCAAGGGCACCGCGCCUCCCCCAGACUCUGGGUGUUCGAGCGGCCAAGUAGAGUGCGGAUCGAAUCACUGCAUGCCUAAAGGCUCAGUCUGCUGCCCCGGUGGCUCUUAUUGCAGUGCCGGUGAGACCUGCGCGGCUGGCAUGAUGUGUAAGACAGGAAAUGGGGGAAAUGGAGGUUCUGGAGGCUCCGGAGGUAAUGGGGAUACAUCGAGCGUCACCAAGGUGGCUGGUUAUACUCUUACAAACACGGAUCAAAUCUCGUUUACGAUGCCGUCUGCACCACCGAGCUUGUUCUGGACGAACCACGCUACUGGGAGUCCUACUGAUAACGGCCAGUCUGCCCCUACGUCGACCGCGAGCUCUGGUAAUAAUAACCCUGGGAAUCCUGGUGGCAAAUCUGGAGCUGGGAUGGUACAUGCUCCCAAGCUUGCUGUUGUUUUGUUGCUUUUUGCACCAUUGCUGUUUUAA